AGGGAGUUCUUCCAUUCCCGUGGCAGCGAGUCGUCUAUUUAAAGCUCAGCAUCUUGGCAAGAACUCUCCGUCUAGUUCGUCUGCACUGUUUCCCGGUAGAAGGUGGCGAAAAAGUUCAGAUGGAAACCCUCACCAACCCCACGCAGUUUCGAUCGCCGACUCUCCAUCUCCUGCUUUCACCUCCCGCCGCCGUAAAGGACCCAUUCACGACGUCGCUGAAUUUCUUCCGCCACCGGUAUCGCCCGCUUCUUCCCUCCCUAAGACGCGCUCUUCUUCCCCCUCCUUCAGCUCUCUUAGCUGAUAAAGAGGAGUCUGCAAGAUUGGAGGAAGCUUCGAGGAAUGGGUGCAAUGUGGUGCCGCUGUACCGAUGCAUUUUCUCCGAUCACUUGACGCCCGUGCUCGCCUACCGCUGCCUUGUAAGGGAGGACGAGAGGGAUGCUCCCAGCUUCUUGUUUGAGUCAGUGGAGCAAGGAUCUCUUGGAACCAAUGUGGGUCGCUACAGUGUUGUAGGAGCUCAACCAGUUAUGGAGAUUGUGGCAAAGGAGAAUAGGGUGUCGAUAAUGGAUCACGAAGUAGGCUUGAAAACGGAGAAAAUAAUGGAAGACCCAAUGGAAGUUCCUCGGACGAUCAUGGAGGGUUGGAGACCAAUGCUUAGUGAUGAUCUCCCUGACACCUUUUGUGGCGGAUGGGUAGGAUAUUUUUCCUAUGACACGGUGCGAUAUGUAGAGAAAAAGAAGCUUUCUUUCUCUCAUUCGCCAAAGGAUGAUAGGAAUCUUCCAGAUCUUCAUUUAGGUCUCUACAAUGAGGUGAUCGUUUUCGAUCAUGUCGAAAAGAAAGCAUUUGUUAUUCAUUGGGUUCAUCUUGGUCGACAUUCAUCCAUCGAGGAUGCUUAUAAAGAUGGGAGAAAGAAGUUGGAGAAUUUGCUAUCACGAGUACACAAUAGAGUCGUACCAAGGCUAAGAGCUGGUUCAGUUAAAUUGCAAACUCGCCAAUUUGGCAGUUCUUUGAAGAUGUCAUCCAUGACAAAUGAAGCAUACAAGGAAGCUGUUGUUAAAUCAAAAGAACAUAUUCUUGCAGGAGAUAUCUUCCAAAUAGUCUUAAGCCAGCGGUUUCAAAGGUCUACUUUUGCAGAUCCAUUUGAAGUGUAUCGUGCAUUAAGAAUAGUGAAUCCAAGUCCCUAUAUGACUUAUUUGCAAGCAAGGGGUGCCAUCUUAGCAGCAUCAAGCCCUGAAAUUCUUACUCGAACGAAGAAGAGGGAGAUUGUGAGCCGACCUCUUGCUGGGACUAUUAGAAGAGGAAAGACAAUUGAAGAAGAUAUGAAACUUGAAAAGAUACUACUCAGUGAUGAGAAGCAAUGCGCUGAGCACAUCAUGCUUGUCGAUUUGGGGCGUAAUGAUGUUGGAAAGGUCUCCAAACCAGGUCGCGUAAAGGUGGAAAAGCUUAUGAAUGUCGAAAGAUACUCUCAUGUGAUGCACAUUAGCUCCACGGUUACUGGGGAGCUUUUCGAUGAUCUCACUUGUUGGGAUGCUUUGCGUGCUACAUUGCCAGUGGGAACAGUCAGCGGAGCUCCUAAGGUAAGAGCCAUGGAGUUGAUAGACGAACUCGAGGUGACGAGAAGAGGACCAUACAGUGGAGGGUUUGGAGCAAUAUCUUUCAAUGGCGAGAUGGACAUUGCGCUUGCACUCAGAACCAUCGUCUUUCCGACCGGCGACCGGUUCGACACCAUGUACUCGUACAAGCACCUGGACCGGCGGCAGGAGUGGGUGGCUCAUCUCCAGGCCGGCGCCGGCAUUGUGGCUGAUAGUGUUCCCGAUGAUGAGCAGCGUGAAUGUGAGAACAAAGCCGCCGCCCUUGCUCGCGCCAUUGAUCUAGCUGAGUCAGCUUUCCUCAACCACGUUGAUUGAUUAGGUUUUUUUCCUUUUCCUUUUGAAAGUUGCCUUUUUCUUUUUUCCUUUCUUUCUUUCUUAGAUAUAUGUUUAGGGUAUAAAAAGUUUUGGAGAUUUGGCUAACAAAACCCUCUUUAGCCAAUUUUCUUAGCUCGUUUAAUUAACGAGCCCCAUAUGAAUAAGA